UGAUGAGAAAGGUACUGAAUAGCAGUUAGGGAGGAAGAAAACAAAAUCCCUUUAAGCCAGAGGAAGAGAGCUGUGUUUCAGCUCUCUAGUCUUUCGACAGGCAGCCCUACUGACAAUGCUGAGCUGCACAGAACUCUCUUGAGGAAACUCGUCAGGAAAAUGAAACUGAGGAGACUGGUCCAUUUUGUAGCAAAAUAAUGAAAAUGGAAAGAACUUAAGAGAGUGACAAGGAUGAUCAAAGUGAAGAAUUAUUUGGAUGACUGAGCUGCCGAGAGACUCCUGGCUUGAAGGAACUGAUCCCAUAUCCCAAAUCGAUGGACUGGAGGAGAAGCUGGCACGCUGCAGACAGAGCAUGGAAGAGGUGGAUCUUAAGCUGCGCAGGGAGAAGCUCAGCCCUGAAGGAAGAAAGUCACUGGAGAGAGAGAGAAACUUACUAAUGACCAAAGCUGACAACUAUGAGAAAGAACUGAGUGCGCUUCGCAAGGAAAAUCGCAAGAAUGCUGCCCUUGCUGUGGCCAUGGCGUUGCUGAUUGCUCUUAUUUACGCCUGCUGGACGAUGUGAUUGCAGUCAAGAAUUCUCCCUGCUGACCAAAUGACUCUCCUGCAAGGAAUGCUUCCUCCUCUCACCACUGUGCCUCCAAGAGUGAGGAUCAGCAUUUCAAAAUGUUGUUCUUGUUUACUGUCUCCAAGCCUCAUUGUAGGGAAGAUUUUUCUCUGCAAAUUGAGGGGGACAGGAGACAAACCAGAAAUCACACCACACUUGCACUUGAAAAUCAGGUCAAACAGAGCUCAAGGUGGUGCCAUCUUACCCAAAACACAGUCAAGAUCACCCAGCCUGAUGCAGGAAGACAGUUUGUUCUCCCUUUUGAAGAGGACCCCUGUGGUUGCAG